UAUACUUUUUCAGGUACAUUAAAUAACUACCGAUGGAAUACAACUGGUAUUACCGUACUGGAUAUAUCGUUUUUAUACACUCCUAGUGAUAUAUAUUUUGAUUCUAAUGACACAUUGUAUAUAGUGGAUGAAGGAAAUGCUGUUAUAGCCAAAUUAUUGAAAAACGCUUCAACUGCAACUCGUAUAGCUGGACUUCUGUUGUCAGCUGGUUCGAAUGCUAGUCAAUUUAAUGCUCCUCAAGGCGUUUAUGUUGAUUCGAAAGCAAAUUUGUACGUAACCGAUUAUUAUAAUAAUAGAGUACAAAAAUUUGCGAAUGGAUCAACACUUGGAAUAACUAUGGCAGGAAUAAAUAGCUCAGCUGGCGCGGCAUUAAACCAAUUUAAUGGUCUUCGAUAUUUUGCAGCGGAUGCAACGGAAACAUAUAUGUAUUUUACAGAUGCAAAUAACCAUCGCAUUAUGUCAUAUCAAAUGAAUUCAACUACAGGUACUAACGGACAACUUGUUGCUGGAGGUGCCGGAGUUGGAAAUACGAAUACACAAUUGAAUAAUCCUUGGGGAAUUUACUAUCUAUCAACAAUAAGUAAUUAUUUAUAUAUAACUAACUGGGGUGGUCAUUCAGUGAUGCGAUGGAUACCAGGUGCAUCGUCAGGCCAAUUUAUUGCCGGCACACCAGGUACAUCAGGAUCAAAUGCGACAAGUUUGAGUAGUCCCACAGGUAUUAGAGUUGAUAGUUUUCUGAAUAUGUUUAUUGUUGACAGUGUAAAUAACCGAGUACAAAUGUUUUGUAAUAAUAAUCAAACUGCUACAACAAUUGCCGGUAAUGGCACUGCCGGUAAUAGUGCUACACAGCUUAGCGGACCAAGAAGUCUCGCCUUCGAUUCAUCGAUGAACUUGUACGUUAGUGAUACAGCAAAUCGUCGUAUUCAGAAAUUUGUUAAACUCUAA